AUAAUCAUUUUUAUAAAUUUUAUUUUUUUUAAUUUUUAAUUUUAUUAAAAAUAAAUAGUAUUUAUAUUAAAAUAUUAUUAUUUUACGUACUUUUUAAAUUUUAAAUUUUUGUAGUUUUGUUGUUAUAAAUUGAAUCGAAUAAUUAGUUAAAUAUAUAGAUUUUAUCGGAGGAUAUUUGAUAUAAUAGCAGGACAAAUCAAAUCAUAAAAAAUUUGAUUCAGACAAAACUAAUUAACGGAUCGUAUAUAAAGCUUCAAAAUUUGAAUAUUCGUUUUGCGACCAUCCCUAGUAAAUAAAGAGACUUGGGGGUGAAGCUAAGGCUACAACUGGUCGCCGACAAUUAACAACCACACAAUAUUACAAAAGUAUACUUAACCGAAGGUUCUCGCAAUGGUGAUGAAACGUCAACGCAAUACAAUCGUCACACUAAGAAGAUUGUAACAUGACCAAUGAAAAGCAGUCAAUGGUUUGAACCGGAAAAUAACCCAAUCAAAAUUUAAAGUUUUCAUAAAUGGCUUUAGAUUUUAGUCAGAAAAUAUAAAUAACGAUCACCAAUGUGUUUCACUUAAUGUAUUUGAUUAUGCAGUAUAUUUUCUCUUAAAUAUAGCAUUUUAUAUUUUGUUUCCAAUUUAUCACAAUUAUAUUUAAUUUAUAAAUCACAUAUAUGAAGGAUUUUGAUAAAAUUUGAAGUUUUUGAAUCUUUGGAAACAAUGGUAGUUUAAAAAGUUACGGAAAAUCUAUUAUCAAAGUUGCAUUUUUAAAAUUUUCCCAACCCCAAGUAAGAGAAUGGUGAUAAAUAUAUUUCAAACACAUUUGAAUGAUUAUAAUUGACAAGAAAAAUAUUUGAUUGAUUAUAUCUCGACUGUCAGAAUCUAGAAUAGCGUUACCUAAAAGUGAUUAUUACAUUAUGAGAAGAAAACGAUAGAAAUAUCCACAUCCCUGAAUCUUAUCACAAGUCAAGUUGUUAAUAGAUUAUUAUAUUCUUUAAUUAGAGGCUAAUCCUUUUUUCAAUAGGCCAUUUAAAUAAACGGAGUACUAAAAUCAAAUAACGACACAUUUACCGAAAGAUUUUUCUUUAAUAUUUUUGUCAAAAGAAAAACAGAAAAAAGUAAAUAAUAUUUGAAAAAAAUCCAACAAAAGAAAAAAAAAAAGUAAACGCGUAGACAGAUGGCGACAUGAGAAAGAGAGAGUGGAGAAGAAGAAAAGAAUUACGAUCAAAGAAAUAAGACAUCUUUCUCUAGACGUUUUCACAUUACCAACUCAAAGCAAAAAAAAAAAAAGAGAAUUGUAUUUUUCAUUUUCGAUCUAAAAAGUGAAAGCCUCUCGAAAUCUAACCUUCGCUUUUAGUCUUUAGAGAUCGUUUGGUGAUUCUUGUUUUUAUUUUAGUUAUUUUCUUGAUUAGUUCUUGAUAUGGAUCAGCAUCAGCUUCACCAGCUUCACUACCUCAACAAACAUCAUCACCAACUUCAUCCUCAAUCUCAAACCCCCGAGCUAGCUUCUCCGGCUACCGGGGAUAGGUUUCCACAGUGGAGCCUAGAAGAGACUAAGGAGUUGAUAGCCAUAAGAGGAGAGCUGGAUCAAACUUUCAUGGAGACAAAGCGGAACAAGCUUCUUUGGGAAGUUGUCUCUAACAAGAUGAGAGACAAAAACUUUCUUCGUAGCCCUGAACAGUGCAAGUGCAAGUGGAAGAACCUCGUCACUCGCUUUAAGGGAUGUGAGACAAUGGAUGAAGAGAUAGCAAGACAACAAUUCCCUUUUUAUGAUGAUAUGCAAAUUAUAUUUGCAAGUAGAAUGCAAAGAAUGCUAUGGGCCGAAUCUGAGGGAGGAGGGGGAACAAGCGGCGCAACGAGAAAGAGAAGUCACUCGGAGCAAUUUUCUUCAGACGAAGAAGAAGAGAACGUGAAUGAAGAACUAGUAGGUAUCAGCAAUGAAUCCAAAACCCUAAACCCGGAAAAGAACAUUGCAAAGAAGCGAAAAGGCGGUAUUAGUAAUAGUAGUGGUGGUGCUAAUAAUAAUGUACGAGAGGUUUUAGAUGAGUUUAUGAGACAUCAGAUGAGAAUGGAGAACGAAUGGAGAGAAAGAUGGGAGGCGAGGGAGAAGGAAAGAGCAGAGAAAGAAGAAGAGUGGAGAAGAAAGAUGGAGGAGCUUGAGAAGGAGAGGAUGGCUAUGGAGAGGAUGUGGAGGGAUAGAGAGGAGCAAAGGAGGUCGAGGGAGGAGCUGAGGGCAGAGAAGAGGGAUUCACUUAUCAAUACAUUGCUUGCUAAGCUUACUAGAGAUGGUUCUCUCUAGCUCUAAUGUUUUUUUUUAACGUAAGUUAAGUUGGUCUUUCUAUGCAUGUUUGAGGUGUUAGGUUUAGUUAUUUGGUGGGAAUAGUUAGUAUAUUCAUGGGAAAAACUCGAUACUCAUAUUUGAGUUUUUAGUGGGACUUUAGGAAUAUAUUAACCCCACAUUCUUUUUCUCCAUGGUACUACUGAUUCUGGUUAAUCUUUUGGGCCAUUUUAUUUGCAUACCAUUUAAUCUCAAUGUGAUAAUGGUUUUCCAAGUCGGUCA